ACAAAAAUGGCGGCAGCGGCGACAGAGAGGCGGCGGCUUUGGGCCGUCUGCUUGCUCUGAGCGGUGCGGAUCCGGCCUUUUCCCGGCCGGAACCGAGACAAGGCCGAGCGGAGAGUGGAGUGCUGCCGCAGUUGCCUGGCGGGGUGGAGCCGGGUGUUGGGCGGGGGUGCAGCCCGUGAGGGGAAGAGGAGGCUGAGAAGAGGUGGGAGGCUGGCGGCGGAGGUGAGGUGAGGUGAGGCAUAAACAAAUUCUACAGUUGAAGAGAAGGCCAGAGGAUCUUUGAGGGCUUGAGAAGGGUGGAUUCAACUGCAUUUUUCAUAGUAAACAGAUUAUUCUGUGUUUUUAAAGGACUGUUUUUUUUUUUCACGAUGUUUGGGGACUUAUUCGAAGAGGAUUUUUCCUUUAUUUCAAACAAUCAUUAUGGAAAAGGGAAGAAAUCAAAGCCCAAAGAUUCUGAGCCUCCAGCUCCCAGGGAUUUCACCAAUCUUAGUGGUAUCAAAAACCAGGGUGGGACCUGCUACCUCAAUUCCCUUCUGCAGACUCUGCUUUUCACACCAGAAUUCAGAGAGGCACUGUUCUCUCUAGGACCUGAAGAGCUUGGGACUCUGGAUGAUGUCAGCAAACCAGAUGCAAAAGUUCGGAUAAUUCCAUUACAGCUUCAGCGGUUAUUUGCCCAGCUCCUGCUCUUAGAUCAGCAGGCUGCAUCUACAACAGACCUUACUGAGAGCUUUGGUUGGAGCAGCAAUGAGGAAAUGAGGCAGCAUGAUGUGCAGGAACUGAAUCGGAUUCUGUUCAGUGCUUUGGAGACUUCCCUUGUGGGAACUUCAGGUCACGACCUUAUUAAUCGAUUGUACCAUGGGACAGUUGUCAACCAGAUUGUUUGUAAGGAAUGCAAGAACAUCAGUGAGAGACAGGAAGAUUUUUUAGACCUAACAGUGGCAGUAAAAGGUGUAGCUGGUUUGGAGGAGGCCCUGUGGAACAUGUAUGUGGAAGAGGAAUACUUUGAAAAUGAAAACUUGUAUCGAUGUGGAGCCUGUGAUAAACUGGUUGAGGCAUCAAAGUCAGCUAAACUACAUAAGUUGCCUCCCUUUCUCACCAUCUCUCUCCUGAGAUUUAACUUUGACUUUGAGAAGUGUGAACGAUACAAGGAAACUAGUUGCUAUACCUUCCCUAUGCAGAUAAAUCUGAGGCCUUUUUGUGAGCAGACUGAAAUGGAUGAUUCAGAGUACAUGUAUGAGCUCUUCUCUGUUAUUAUACAUAAAGGUGGCUGCUAUGGAGGACACUAUCAUGUUUAUAUCAGAGAUGUGGAUGAAUUAGGAAACUGGCAAUUACAAGAAGAUGAGGAUAGGCUGACUGAAGAUAAGCCUUCAAGAGAGAAUGAAAAUGCCAAAGAAACAGAAAAUCCAUUGGCAGUGUUGAAAGGGAUUUUAUCAGAGGAAGAAUGUAAACAAAUUCCUGUGGAUCAAUUAGGGCAGAAGUUCUUGGAGAAAGUAAAGGUGUCCUGGAACAAGAAAUACCGAAAACAGUACGGAGCAUUACGAAAGUAUUUGCAGAAUCAUCCCCAGAUAUUUCAGUUCAGUCCUGAUGAAAAUAAAGUUGGUUUAAAGGAAAAAUACAAGCUCCCAUUUAAGUCGGAUUUUCAAGGACGAGAUUUCCGAAGCCAUCCUCAGGAGAAUGGUAUCCUAUGGAACUCAGAAAAAGCAGCUCUAAGGCUAGGAGAGAGUUCUGCUGGAUGCCAUUGGUUUGAUCUGAAUGAUUCAAAAGUCCAGCCCAUCAAAGAGGAGGAUAUUGAGAAACAAUUUCAGGGUAAAGAGAGUGCCUACAUGCUGUUCUACCGCAAGUCUCAGUUGAAAAGGCCUCCUGAAGCUCGAGGAAAUCCAAGGUACCAAAUUCCUGAACACCUUCUGAAUGAAAUGAAUGCUGCUAACAUGGAGCUGCAAAAAAAGAGAGCGGAGUAUGACUCAGCAAACAAUAGCAUUGAUUUACAUCUCCAUUUGAGCACACGUUAUAAAUUUCACAAUGGGGCCUUGCACCCUUCACUUAGUUGGAAAGAGAGCGUUCUAGAUCUGACUGUUGACAGAAGAAAAACUCUAGGAGACCUUCGCCAAUCAAUUUUCCAGAUGAUGAAAUCUUGGGAAGGAGACAUGGUUCUCAGUAGUGCUAAACCUUUACCAGCAGGGCUGCACCUUUAUCAGGCACUUGAUGGAGAUGAGCUGACACUGGACUGCUUUGGGCUGGCGGAUGGAGCAGACAUUUUUGUGUGGAAUGGGAAGGAGGUUGGUGGUGUGAAGGUGAUGGCAGGCCCUGAUCAUCAACCUGUUCUCUUAAACGUUCUUCGUUUAGUGGAGCAUAAUGAAGGAGGGAAGGGUCAGCAUUUCACAGAGUCGCAGCACGUUUUUCCAUGCAGCACAAAACUGGGCGAUCUGCGCAGAGCAUUAGCACCAGCAGGAGGAAUAAUCUUAAAGAAUGACUCAGGACAUAAAGAAGCCAAGAACUGGGAGGUUCUUCUUGAAGAACAUAUGAAGGAAACAGUCAAAACCGUUGGUCUGACAGACGGAUGUUCAGUAUUAAUCUUAGACAGCCAUGACCAAAGCCUGGUGAAUAUUUCAAGUGGUAACUUGACUGCUUUUACAUACGACAUCAGCUGGCUCCAGGUGAAAAACUUCUGCGGAAGGGAUGAUGAGGAGAAACACGUUAAAAUUACUGCCACAAUUGAAACAGUGAUGUCAGAUAUCAAAAUGAAAGCAAUACAGGAGCUACAGCUAGAGGAGGAGCUGGCAAGUGAAAGCUGUCUUAGACCUGUUGGCAGAAAUGGGAAACUUCUCUCUCCAGUGCCUGAAGAUUAUACUGUCAAGGAGGCAGAACUGAAAAUGGGAAGCUUGCUAGGGCUGUGUCAUGGAAAAGCUCCAACUUCCACUCAGCUCUUUUUAUAUUUUCUUAUUGAACGUGAGCACUGUACGAGCCCUGAGAUGGAAAUCGUUGUGGAAGAGACUGCCUCUGUAAAAGAAUGUCUAAAUUUAAUGCUGGAAAAAUCUGGAUUAUCAGGUGACAGCUGGCAUUUGAGAAGGAUGGACUGGUGCUUUGAAGCAGGAGAAGCUUUAAGUCAGGAAAAUGCUACUCUGAAGGAACUUAAUGUUUGCAGAGGAGAUACUUUGGUUGUAACUGAAGGAAAGCUUCCACCGAAGGGUUUCUUGAAAAUUCCUAUUUGGUGGUUGAAGUUUUCGAGUCAAACGAAACGUGAAGAGAAGGCACGAGACCAGGUGAAUGGGAUGACCUGCAAGAUGGAUGCUUUGCAAGUUUCUCCUGCAGGAGACUCACCAGAACGCAUCCAAGCAGACCUGGAUCUGUGCUAUGCUGGCAUUACAGAAAUAGCAGGCGAAUCUUCUUUGGAAGAUCUGAAGAUGCAGGCUCUGACCUUAGCACAGUGCCCAGAGCACGUUAUCCCACUGCCCACGUUCCUCAGAGCCUGGACGGUGGAAAACAGGCGCCCAGGCAGGCUGCUACGGCACAACAAGCAGCAACUCAGUGAAUAUAAGCUGGGUGCCAGAGUGGAAAUCUGCAUAGAACCUUUGCAGAAAGAAGAGAACUUGGGCCCACAUGAAUUGCUGCUUCGAGUACAGAUGGGCAUACCAGGGGAAAGGGACUACUAUAACUCCGUGGAUUUGGUGUGGAACAUCUCCAAAGAAUGCACUACCUGGGCACUGAGGCAAAGAGUGGCUUCUCACUAUUGUCUCCCUGUAGAUAAAAUUGAAAUAGCCAAAUACUUCCCUGAAAAAUUUGAGUGGCUGCCAAUAUCUGGCUGGACCCAGCAAAUUUCGAAGAGAAAACGGAAGAAAAAACAGGAGAGUUUACAGUCAGCCCCUUAUCACCUGAAAGAUGGAGAUGUCAUCGGGGUGAAGAAUCUUCUCCUUGAUGACAGUAAGGACUUCAGCACAGUGAGAGAUGAUGUUGGAAAACAGAAGCAAAGGCAGCUUGCAUUUGAGAAAAAGAAAAGUCAGCAAGCUGAACGCUCCCAGGCCCAUGUUGCAUCUGAGGAAAAACUGAAUGUUAAGCAACGUAAACCAGAAGUGGCUCUUUCCAUCAACGUGGGAGUUUUCAGAUAGCACCUGGAGAUGAUUUGCUGAGCAGAACAUAGCACCAGUGUGCCACAUGUGAGUGCCUCAACUGGACCAGCAAGAGGGAUGCUUGUGCUCAGAGAGUCAUCAGGAAUCACCGAGAUAAACUGGAUAUAAGAUUUGGGAUAACUCUGAUCUGCUUCUAAUCUCUCUGAGGAAGUGCUUCAGCAUCCCUUAAUCGAUGUGGUACUUAUUCUCAGGCUAGGUAAAUGCACUUUAUCCAUGAGGAAACCGACUAAUAUAUUGUAAUACCUUUCGAUGACUGUUUUGUAACCACCUUAAAUGCUUCUUUUGUCAGAUGCUGAUGCACCAUCACCACAGAGUUAGCUGCAUUUUUGAGUGCAGUCUUAGAUGUCUCUUUCUAGAAGUUACUUUUUCUUCCCUGAUCAUUGAGAUUACUAAGGAUACCAGAAUUUA